AUGGAGCUCUCGCAACAGUUACAGAACUCCAGACGGAGCAUCAUGAGGGUGAACCGGCAAAGUAACGUCAGCUCUCCUCGGAGGCAUCGGGCCAUCCUCUCAUGUGCUACGUGCAGAAAGCGCAAGAUUAGAUGUGAUCGACUCACGCCUUGUAGUCAGUGUGUGAGGUCCAAGAUUGUCGAAUCAUGUUAUUAUCCUGCGGCAUCUACGACAUCCUCUGCCCCAGUUUCCGCAGCGCCGCGGCCGCGUGUCCCAGUGCGAGUGCAACCCUCCAGGCAGUACAUUGCUAUACCAUCUACACCUACUGCAGAAGGAAGAUGCGCUACACAUCAUCUUGAGCAUUUAGAGAGUCAGGGCCAGGUUUUAGAUGAGAUGCCGAGCUCUUCCAACUUACCCAACGCCUCGCUGCCAUGGCCUUCCUCGAUCGAUCCCAUCCAAUCACUCCCUUCUCUUUCAUUUCGUGGCAAGGAUCAGAAAACCAGGUUCUUUGGGCGAAGUCAUUGGGCAAUGACACUAAGCUUGUUCCCUGAUCUAAACGCACACUUGCGCGACUAUCACCGGGAGAAGCAAAAUCCCACCAAUUCACCUUUCGCGGAGUACCUUUCACUAAAGCGGCUAAAGCAUGAGAUGAGACUGCAUGAAAAUCAGCAGGCUCGGGUUGAUCGUGGUCCCCGGUCCGCGGAGCUGGAGAGUUUAAUACCCAGUCGUGCCCUUGCUGACUAUCUUAUCGAUCUCUAUUUCUCUACUUUUGAGAACACUCUUCGGAUAUUACAUGUUCCUUCAUUCAUGAUAGAGUAUAACGCCUUUUGGAUUUCCUGUGGAGAACGCUCUGGGUGCAAGUCAUGCACGGAUGUCUUUGCUGCAAAGCUACUGGCCUCGAUGACCUGUGCAAGUUGCUUUGCUGAUAAUGAAGCACUCGCAUUAGCAGAGACUGAUCCAGAUUGGUUGAAAAGAAACUCCCAAAUUUGGAUUCGAACAGUUGCAUCAUGGGUAGGAUCCGGGACAAACCAUGCUCAGCUCAGUCUGGACAUGAUCCAGGUCAAAUGUUUACUGCUCAUCGCGCGGCAAGCUAUUGCUUGGGAGGGCGAUCUGACUGGAAUGAGCUCAGGCUUUCUCGUGCGAGAAGCCGUUAUGAUGGGUCUCCAUAGAGAUCCUGUCAACUUUCCCAAUAGAGCACCGUUUUGGGCUGAGAUUCGGAAGCGACUCUGGUUGACUAUUAUUGAACUGGAGUUACAGACUGCACUUUAUAGCGGAGUGCCAGUUGCAAUAUCAUGGGAAGAUUUUGAUUGCAAUCCACCAUCUAAUGUGGAAGAUGAGGAUCUGUUGGUGGAAUCAACCCAGCUGCCGCCGUCCAAACCGAUCAAUGUCCAUACCAGAACCUCGUUCCAGAUUGCGCUUGCUCAAACAUUACAAGCAAGGCUCCGGAUCGCCAAAUCAAUUAACAGUGUCCGAUUCAACAUGAGUUACGAUGAUGUCAACCAACUAAGCGAAACUCUCACAGCUGGACUUGCAGAAGCCCCAGUUGAAUUACAAGCCAAUACGUCUGCCAUAGAUGAGCACUCUGGAAAUCCAAACCAGGGCCUUAUCUUCCGACGGUCACUCUAUCUUUUUCUCGUAUAUCGAUGUCUUCUUGCACUCCACAGGCCGUUUUUCCUCAGUCUAGCUGAGAACCACAAUGAGCAAUAUGUCGUCUCGCGACACUUGUGUGUACAGGCUAGCUUAGCCGUGCUAUCUCAGCUCAAGCCCUCUACGCACACUGUACAGAAUAUGCCAAUCGACUACAGUACGAGCAAUUACCCUUACCUCCUCCGAUUGAGAGGUGGAAUGUUUCGCGAUGAUGUGUUCCACGCCACGGCAUCACUAUGCUUCGAGCUCAGACUACAAGCCAAAGAUAACCCCAAUACCUUAUUCCCACCUUCUGAUUCCAUCGAACCAAACCCGUCAUACUACCAACGCAUAGUGCUAUUCCAGAAUAUCGAAAGUGCUAUAAGAUAUUUUGAAUUCAAAGUCCGCACGGAAAAACGAACCUGCAAAGCAUACAUGCUACUUCGCAUGCUCCUUGCUUCUGCAAAAAGACAAGGCCGAGCUUUCAACGUCCUUCCGCAGCUCAGCGGUAGUAUUGAUAACGAGGAUACCAUGACUUUGGAUGAUGCCUGUCCACGCGCAGCUCGUCGAUGUCGAGAUUUGCUACUUGCAGGUGAGACGAACUUCGCGACAUCAAGCUCUGAGGCUGGUGGAGAUGGAGAUAAUAUGGGGUUGCAUGUUCCUUACGGGCGACCUCAAACAAACAAGACUCGACCAUCACAACAAACAGAAUCACCUGAACAAAACUCAAAUCCAGCAUUCGUGGAAGGCGCUGCAGGGGAUUCUUUCGAGCAACUGCUCUCUGACUGGGAUAUGUCGCUCGAUCCGAUGUCUCUAUAUUUAAUUGAUUCUUGGCCGAUACCGCCUGAUCUCUUGAUGCAGAGCUCUGAUCAUGCUGACUAG